AUGAAACUCUCGCUUUCAUCCUUCCUCUUCUUUUCACUGGCUACCCAAGCCUUGGCUAUUUCGUCGGAUAGAGAGGAUUUCGAGACUACGCAAAGAAAGUUGGCAACUGCGUAUGGAACCAACUUUUUUGUGGAAAGCAAGGAUACUGAAUACAAUGCCUACCAAACAGCAUGGAGAUACCUCGGACACAUUGUAAAAUGUGGAUACCCAUCAGAUAGAUACGAUGAGGAUAAUAAUGACAGUAAAAGUCAUGAUAGUCGAGAAGGGUACACCAUGGGAAAUAACUAUUGCCAACGUUUUCUGUUGUGGGCAGCCUAUGUUGAUCCCAACUACCAAGGUGGAGGUAUUGGAGAAUAUAUGGUCUACGAUACCGACAACCAAGGAUACGAUUACAGUGCCUGUCAAACAACUGGAAGUAGUAGAUGCGUGGAAAUGGAUUGUCAUGAUUCCAAUACCGAAACAUGGAAGCUUAUGGGAGUCUACAAGGAAGCUGUAUGGUAUGGAGGGGAUGCCUUCUUCGAACAGCUCUUCAAGCACGAAGCCUACUGCAUCUGGAACGAUGACGACAUUUAUGAAUUCAUGUCCGAUGCACGUGAGCAGUGGACUGCUGGCUGUAUCGAUACUGGUUACACAGAUGAGUGGGGAAAUGCUAUGUACAUUGAUUUAAAGCCUGGUUACAACGGAAAUAUGGCAUAUUCUUUGUACAAGGACGACAUUUGUCAAACAGAAUACAAUGGAAGCCACCUUGAUCUCGAUACAGUUGCCACCAGUAUUGGCCUCCUGUCGCAAAACUACUUGUACAAAUGGAACGCAUACAUGGAACCCUUCAAGGUCUGUCAGCCAUGCAAAGCAUACAAUCUACAGGCCGGUCGUCGCGAACGUGAACUCUACGAAUACGGUAACAAUAAUUACCAAUGGGGCGGCAACUACAACUACAACAACAACAACAACAACAACAACAAUUACAACAACAACAACAACAAUUACAACAACUACUACAACGAUGAUAACAAGGGCCAUUUCCAAUGUGACGACGACGCUGGAUACACCAAUGUCAACCAAUGUAUGAAGCUUCGGUCUCACGCUGAUCUCGAGAUUGCAACGUGGGAGGAUUUGGUGAUUGGAACCGAACAAGGAGGAAUCAUGGAGAUCAAGAUUGGAGAAACUUACUUUGGAACCAAGAAGAUGACAACUAGUCAAGCUCAAUACAUGCAGUCACUCAUGAAGCAAAAGGCCCAAGAAAUUCAAGAUGAAGAAGAUGAAUACAAGCAUAUGCUUGAGUCUUUGCCAUCCUCCACUGUCGCACUUAUCUUUGGAUUCCUUCUCAUGAGUAUGGGAAUGGCAGCCUUGGCUGGAUCCGUCUACUUUGCUUUAAAAAAGAUGGACAAGAUCCGCGGUGGUACCAUGGGCGAACCUCUCAUCCUCAAGAAGUUGGGAAUCAGAACGAAAAAGUUGAAAUCCUACAUCAACUUUAAGAGAAAGGAAAGACAGGAACGAAAGGAAAGUGUUGGAGUCGUCUAA